CGUUGCCUGACACCGGUUGAGAGCAAGUCAUCCAGUCGGGCAAGCGGUCGAGAGUUGAGAGAAGCGCGUCUUCCCUCCUCCCGCCCGCAGAGUUCACAGUUGCACUCCUGCCAUGUUUGCGCUGGCUUCUCUGCAGUAAGCAAAGCAAGGUUAUGCUGCCCAAAAGUUGCCUGAGUCCCAGCGAGAAAGAGAAGGGCUAACCGCGCCGCCACCGAUCCCGAGCAGCUUUUCCCAGCAGGAGCCAUGAGCGACCCCGGCGCUCCCAAGCAGGUCGGCGACGGCCCCGAGGCGACGUCCCCGCACGGGCCGGCGCAUCCGGACGAGGACGACGACUGCGACCUGAACAAGGCGCUGGGAGUCCAGCGCUUCCAGCACAUCCUCAGGCCGUCCGGUUCCGUGCCCGAUGAGCAGCACCACAACUACCAUGAAGAAGACAUUGAAUACCACCGCCACUCGUCCCACCACAUCCACCGGCCUUUGUCCAAGUUGCCCCAGGACGGGCGGCGCAAGAAGAGCAACAAGAAGCGGCGCAGGGACAAGGACCACAAGGGCGGCCACGCCCCCGGCCCCCUCGACGACGGGGAGGAUGAGGAGGACGAGGAGGAGGAAAGCCAGGAGACCCCCGCCUCCGAGCCGGUGACUGUUAAGGACGUAGAGUUCUUCCUGUCCGAUGACGACCACGUGGGCGUCCCCACCCGGGACCUGGACGUGGUCCCGCACUCGGCCGCGGGAGUCGACGCCGGCGACGGCACGUCCACCGACAAGCCGGAGCCGUCCGACGUCCCCGCCUCGCCGCAUCCGGACCACCCGCCGCUCGCCCGCCUGUCGUCCGCCGGCCGCAGCUACGACCUGCAGGAUCGGCGUCGCACCGGCAACAUGACGGGCGCCGAGCAAGCCAAGUACCAGCGCAUCCCCACCGACGAGAGCGAGGCCCAGACGCUCGUCUCCGCCGACCUGGACGGCAUCAAAAGCCAUCGCUUCGAAGAUGUCCCCGGCGUGCGCAGGCACCUGGUCCGAAAGAGCACCAAGGGCCAGGUGGUCCACACGGGCAAGGACCACAAGGAGUCCGCCACUCGCAGCCGCAAGCAGGACCGCACGCCGCACGAGGUCUUCGUGGAGCUGAACGAGCUGACCAUGGACAAGAACCAGGAAAUGCAGUGGAAGGAGACGGCCCGCUGGAUCAAGUUCGAGGAGGACGUGGAGGAGGAGACGGAGCGCUGGGGCAAGCCGCACGUGGCCUCGCUGUCCUUUCGCAGCCUGCUGGAGCUCCGCAAGACCAUCUCGCACGGUGCGGUGCUGCUGGACCUGGACCAGAAAACCCUGCCCGGCAUUGCCCACCAGGUGGUGGAGAAGAUGAUCAUUUCGGACCAGAUCAAAGCCGAGGACCGCGCCAACGUCCUGAGGGCGCUGCUGCUCAAACACAGCCACCCCAGCGACGACAAGGAGCACAGCAGCCCCUUCCCCAGGAACAUCUCGGCCGCCAGCCUGGGCAGCCUCAUGACCCACCACCACGCCGCCAACCACGCCCACCCGCCCGAGCCCUCCGUCACCGAACCGCUGAUGAGCGGCGCGCGCGCGGCCGGCGACUGCGACGCGCGCAUCGACGUGGAGAAGAACGACGUGCCGCAAAAGGAGCCCACCAUCGCGACGGGCAUGCAUCGCUCCAAAUCCAAGCACGAGCUCAAGCUCCUGGAGAAGAUUCCCGAAAACGCCGAGGCCACCGUCGUCCUCGUGGGCAGCGUGGACUUCCUGGAGCAGCCCACCAUGGCGUUUGUGCGGCUGCAGGAGGCCGUGGAGCUGGAGUCGGUGCUGGAGGUGCCCGUGCCGGUCCGCUUCCUCUUCGUCCUGCUGGGGCCCGCCACCACCAGCAUGGACUACCACCAGAUCGGACGCUCCAUCUCCACGCUCAUGUCCGACAAGCAAUUCCACGAGGCGGCCUACCUGGCGGACGACCGUCAGGACCUCCUGACCGCCAUCAACAGCUUCCUGGACUGCAGCAUCGUGCUGCCGCCGUCGGAGAUGGGCGGGGACGAACUGCUGCGCUCGGUGGCCCGAUUCCAGCGGGAGAUGAUGCGCAAGCGCGAGGAGGGGAAGCUGCUGGCCGACGAACCCAAGAGCCUGGAGGAAAAAGAAGCGCUCGUCGCGCCUCUGAAAAAGUCCGACGACGACCCCCUGGAGCGCACCGGGCGGCCCUUCGGCGGCCUGCUCCGCGACGUGAGGCGGCGCUACCCGAAGUACCUCAGCGACUUCAAGGACGCCCUCAACAGCCAGUGCAUGGCCGCCGUCAUCUUCAUCUACUUCGCCGCCCUCUCGCCGGCCAUCACGUUCGGGGGCCUGCUGAGUGAGAAGACGGAGGGGCUCAUCGGCGUGUCGGAGCUCAUCGUGUCCACCGCCGUGCAGGGCGUCGUCUUCUGCUUGCUGGGAGCGCAGCCUCUGCUGGUCGUGGGCUUCUCCGGACCGCUUUUGGUCUUCGAAGAAGCUUUUUACUCUUUCUGCAAGUCCAGCGACAUGGAGUACCUGACGGGACGCGUGUGGAUCGGCGUGUGGCUGGUGGUCAUCGCGCUGGUCACGGUGGCCUUCGAGGGCAGCUUCCUGGUGCGCUUCGUCUCGCGGUUCACGCAGGAGAUCUUCUCCUUCCUCAUCUCGCUCAUUUUCAUCUGCGAGACCUUCAUGAAGCUCGGACGGAUCUUCACGCAGCACCCUCUGACCCGCUGCCCCCCCGACCCGCUCCCGCCGUCGAACGACACGGCCGCCCGCAACGCCUCCGCCCUGGGCGUCACGGCGGCGCCCGUCAACGUCAGCGCCGCUCCCGGCGAGGCCGAGGCGGCCGCCCCGACCGGAGAACCCAACACGGCGCUGCUCUCGCUGGUCCUCAUGGCCGGAACCUUCUUCAUCGCUUUCUACCUGCGCAAGUUCAAGAACAGCGCAUUCUUCCCCGGGAGGCUACGCCGGAUUAUCGGCGAUUUCGGGGUGCCCAUCGCCAUCCUCAUCAUGGUGCUGGUGGACAACAGUUUGGAGGACACGUACACGCAAAAACUGAACGUCCCGAGCGGGUUCUCCGUGACCAAGCCCGACAAGCGCGGCUGGAUCAUCAGCCCGCUGGGAAGCGACGGCGACUUCCCCGUCUGGAUGAUGUUCGCGUGCUGCCUGCCCGCUCUGCUGGUCUUCAUCCUCAUCUUCAUGGAGACGCAGAUCACCACCCUGAUCGUGAGCAAAAAGGAGCGCAUGCUGGUGAAGGGCUCGGGCUUCCACCUGGACCUGCUCCUCAUCGUGGCGCUGGGCGGCGCCUCGGCGCUGUUCGGCAUGCCGUGGAUGGCGGCCGCCACCGUGCGCUCGGUGACGCACGUCAACGCGCUGACCGUCAUGAGCAAAGCCGUGGCCCCGGGAGACAAGCCCCGCAUCCAGGAGGUGAAGGAGCAGCGCGUCACGGGGCUCUUGGUGGCCCUCAUGGUCGGCAUGUCCAUCGUGAUCGGCGACCUCCUGCGCAAGAUCCCCCUGGCGGUGCUCUUCGGGAUCUUCCUCUACAUGGGCGUGAUGUCGCUCAACGGCAUCCAGCUGAGCGAGCGCAUGCUGCUGCUGCUCAUGCCGCCCAAGUACCACCCGGACCACAGCUACGUCCGCAAGGUCCGGACGCUGCGCAUGCACCUGUUCACCUGCAUCCAGAUGGUGUGCCUGGCCGUGCUGUGGGCCGUCAUGUCCACGCAGGCGUCGCUGGCCUUCCCCUUCGUGCUCAUCCUCACCGUCCCCGUCAAAAUGUUCCUGCUGCCGCGCAUCUUCACCUCCCGCGAGAUGCUCUGCCUGGACGCCGACGACGCCGAGCCGACGUUUGACGAGCGAGAGUGCCACGACGAGUACUCGGAGAUGCACAUGCCCGUGUGAUUCCCCCCCUGUAGCGCCACCCACUGGCUGGCCCCCCUCAACACACCCAGCGACGUCCUCACCUGCUGCCUGCAUGUCGUGUCAACAAGUGUUCACAGUAUAUUUUUAUUUUUAAAAAAUAGAACCAUUAUUAUUAUUAGAGAUUUCAGGGGAUUCCAAAUGAAACGCUUAACGUUCGAUGGACACGCAACAUGAUUCAAUACAACCCCCCCCCACCCCCCCACCCCCCCUGAAAGGUUCGCUCUGAUUCACAUUGAAUAUGUGAUGAAAAUACCGGAAAGCUUUCGCCGACUUCCCGCUGCCUUGCCAUCAAGUGCCUUACAUGAAGGAACUGCUAAAAAAAUGUGUACUUUGAGGACAUCCGGAUGCCUCGCUUUUCACUUUAUUCGACGCUAGUAGCACUUUUUUUUUUUUUUUUUUUUUAAUUUUUAAAUGAAGGACAUCGAAUCAAGUGUCUGUAACUCUGUGAUUUGUUUUUAAAUCUGCUAACGUUAUUUGUCGUAGGAACUGGCAUCGCAAGUGAUUUUUUUUUUUUUUUUUUUUUUUUUUGCGACUUUCCUCACUGUGCCGCGUUGUGUAGCGUUUUGCGACGCUUAUUUUACGUCGUCCCGUUGGCCACGUACAUAUCAAAACUGUCACGUGUGACAAAUGACAUGCACUGUUAGCGAUAAGGAAUGCAAAAUAUAUAUUUGUUCACUACUAUAAUUUAGCUUGACGGUUUAGUCCACUAUAUAGUUUCGCACUAGUUUGCUCGUCAAGCUAAAUAAUGUGCUACGGCCUGGCAUAUAAUCUAUUAUUAUCAUAGAUUAGCUAUCUUGACAACCUAACUACAUUAAAAUUAAGGGGGAAAACACGUAGUGCCAGAAAAUGGGCUUGAAUAAUACAUUAAUAUUGUAAAACAUUUAAAAAGCGUGAACUAGUAAACUUGUAAAGUAAUUCAUGAGACUAGUGGACGACCAACCUUUGCAGUCUGACUAGCAAGCUAGUGCUUAGCUCCUUAGCUACGUAAGAAGAUGCUGCUAAGUUUAUUCAUGCUAUUACACUUAUCUUGAAAUAACUAGCGAUAGUUACCAAGCUACAACUAACCCUAUCGAUAUUUUGUCUGAAACUAGUUACUUCACACACUAACAAACUCUGUUAUCAUACUAAUUAUCUUAUCUAUCCCAGCAUGCGAGUUAGCUUGUCGAUCCCUCCGUUUUGACACCACUUCAAUUCAUCGCGGCAGAUACAUUUUCCACAUUAGCUGAUCCUAGCUGACUAUUUUGCUUCUCAGACUUGGUGAUCUAUCACUAGUUAGCUUGUGAAACUAGCUAGUUUGUCUAUUUUAGUCGUCGUCAGGCUAUCUCGUCCAUCUGUAAUUGCUACCUCAUCACGCUUUUCAACUUUCAAGCUUGGUGAUCUAUCUACAAAGCUUGGUAGUUAGUCACGUUGACUGCUCCACUAGCUACCUUGUCUAUGUCUUAGCUCGCUAGUUAGCUUGUCAGGCUAGCUGUUGUCCCCAUUAAAAAUGUCAAAAUAACCACACGAGGGAGACAAAAACAAGCAUUCGCUCAGCUGUUUUAAUGACACUGCAUACAUCAAUUCUGUAUUUUUCAUCGCUAACCUAAAACGUGUUUUAUUGGAGCACACAUUGGAAUUAUUGAUGAUAUUAAAUGUUAAGGGAUUAGUGAUCACAAAAACCGUGAACUAGUAAAGUUGGCAAACUUAAUUCACAACCUACUAGUUGACUACCAACCUUUGCAGUCAGACUAGCAAGCUAGUACUUAGCUCCUUAGCUACCAAAGAAGAUACUGCUAAGUUUAUUGAUGCUAUGACAAUUAUCUUAAAUUAACUAGCAACAGCUACCAAGCUACACUAAGCCUAUCGAAGCUAUUGUCUUAGACGAGUGACUUCACACACUAACAAGCUCUACCUUAUCAUGCUAGUUAUCUAUUCCAGCAUUUAAGUUAGCUUUUCGAUUCCCUCCAUUUCGAUACCACUUCAAUUCACCACGGCAGAUCCAGUUUCCACAUUAGCUAGUCCUAUUUUGCUUGUCAGACGAAUCAGACUCACUAGUUAGCUUGUGAAGCUAGCUAGUUUGUCAAUUUUAGCUUGCUGGUUAGCUCGUCAGGCUAUCUCGUCCAUUUGUAAUUGCUACCUCAUUACGCUUUUUAACUUAUCCAAUCAUGUAUUUGUCUAGUUAGCGCAUCAAGCUCCCUUCUCCAAACUUGUUAAUUUGAUAGUUAGCUUGUCAAGCUAGGUGAUCUAUCUACAAAGCUCGGUAGUUAGUCACGUUAACUGCUCACAAGCGACCUUGUCUUGGUCUUAGCUCGCUAGUUAGCUUGCCAGGCUAGCCGUAGUUGACUCCCCAUUAAAAAAAAUGUCAAAAUAACCACACGAGGGAGACAAAAACAAGUAUUUGUUCGGCUGUUUUAAUGACGCUACAUCCAUCAAUUCUGUAUUUUUCAUCGGUAAUCUAAAACGUGUUUUAUUGGAGCACACAUUGGAAUUAUUGGUGAUGUUAAACAUUAAUGGGUUAGUUGUCACUUUUUUGUGGGGAAGUGACAAUGGUUAGUAGUGCCAAAACAGUCCGUCCGUCCGGCAUUCCAUUGUUUGUCCUAAAAUGGUCGACGAUUCGAGUGUUUAUUGAACGACGGGCUGAUGCUGUUUUUCUUGUUGUUUUUGUUGUUUGUGCCCCCACCCCACCUGAAAAAAAAAAAAAUGGUGUCCUGUUACUCAAGUGCCUGUGGGACCACGAAGAAGCAUAUUUAAGAAACAAAUCCGCAGCUGUUGCAUUACUGAUUGUUGUCGUCGGGAGGAAACCCACACAAAUCCACGUUGAAAUGUUUAAACGUUUGCUUUUGGUGCCUGUGAAUGACGUCGAAGUUGUUUUGUGUCCCGUCUGCGUGAUGAUUAUGGAACACGCCGAGAAGCCACUACUGAAGCUUCCUUGUACAUUUGACGCUUUGAAAUAUUGAUGACAAAUAAAAGUUAUUUUCUAUUUA